GAUUCGAUUAUGCUGUUCUGGCUGCGACAACCAGUUUAGCCUGACAAGAAAAAAAACGGUCUUUUUCCUCUCUACGAGCUCAGCUUUACGGUUAACUAGCGACGAAAUCCAGCUGCAUUCACAGUAACAACAGUUUAUAACCUGUAGUCAACGAUGAAUCCUGAAUAUGACUAUUUAUUCAAACUCCUCCUUAUCGGUGACUCUGGUGUUGGAAAGUCUUGUCUCCUUCUCCGGUUUGCAGAUGACACGUACACAGAGAGCUACAUUAGUACCAUCGGCGUGGACUUCAAGAUCAGGACCAUCGAGCUGGACGGAAAGACCAUAAAACUUCAGAUUUGGGACACGGCCGGCCAGGAACGGUUCCGGACCAUCACAUCCAGUUACUACAGAGGAGCUCACGGCAUUAUAGUAGUUUAUGAUGUGACAGAUCAGGAGUCCUUCAAUAAUGUCAAACAGUGGCUACAGGAGAUCGACCGCUAUGCCAGCGAGAACGUCAACAAGCUGCUAGUAGGCAACAAGUGUGACCUCACAACGAAGAAAGUUGUGGAUUACACCACAGCCAAGGAAUUUGCCGACAACUUGGGGAUCCCCUUCUUGGAGACCAGCGCCAAGAGCGCCACCAACGUGGAGCAAGCCUUCAUGACCAUGGCGGCCGAGAUCAAGAAGAGGAUGGGCCCCGGGGCCACGGCCGGCUCCUCAGAGAAGUCCAACGUCAAGAUCCAGAGCAAGCCUGUCAACACCUCGUCUGGAGGCUGCUGCUGAGACCCGAAAAGACCGCCACAACCUGAAUCCACCACCCCCACCCGAGCCCACGACCAGUCUCAAUUUUACCAUGCUCCACAGAGAGAGAAACCCAGAGAGAGAGAGGGAGAAAGAGAAAGAGAGGAGGAGGAGGGAGAGACAGAGGAGGAAGACUUUGAGUGGAUCGGUUUUGUAAUUGUGUGUGCAGCUACAACACCAGAUUCCCACCCCACCCCUUUCAAAGUCAGCAAUAGGACGGUAAGCCCACCUAAACCCACAGAACACACUGGGCGUUUUUUGUUUUUUUUCUUACUUUACCAAAACAUACUGGAAAAAACAAAAUGUGUACAAUUUUUAACAGUGUGUAAAUUUAACCAAUGAAAGAGAUCACAUGUAUACAGCUUUUUUGUUUUUGUUUGCCCUGCUCUUCAUUUUGAGUUUGUUAAAUGAGUCACUUUUCUAAAACUGAAAAAAAAAAAAGAAAAAGAAAACACAAAGUUGUCUUUAUUUAGCUGUGGAUUAUAACAGCAUGACUUCGGCCCAAAUCUCCUCUAUAUAUGAAUUAGUAAGCACUUCAAAUGAAGCACAUGCUUAAACCCAGCAUCAUGCAUGUCAGGACUGAUCACAUGCUCCCUCAGCUGCGUGGGAUCAGUCGCAGUCAUGAAGCUGCAAGAAAACUACACCCAGGAAACACUCCGAUAACGUCACCUGCUCCAACUUCACAGAGUCGCCCCGUAAAAAUGAUGUGCCAGUGCCUUUGUGGCAGGAGAUUUACACCAUAUUUAUGCCUUCGGUGCUCUCGUAUUGUUGGCGUAUUUCCCUCAUAUGCCCACAGUCGUGACUUCUUAAAAGAACCCACUUUGUAUGAUAGCAGUUAACAUUCCUGUAUAUAUAUAUAUAUAUAUUUGGCUCCGUGUGUGUGCUCUGCUGGUGUCCACGAUACAAUAAGCAUGUGCUACAUUGGGAGGCGUGACGUCAGCCAUGUGUUAUUUCUCUGCUAAUGUUUCUCAACCGACAGCACAACCCGACGCAACAGGAGAAAACGAAAUCACCAUCCCAGCUCGAGGAAUAAUCUAUAAACUGUAUAUAUUUAUACAUAAAUGUAGGAAGUGAUUUGCAAAAUUGUGUAGAGAGAAGCAAGUGAAGCGAAUGACGUGAUAAAAUAGCUGGAGUUAGAUAUCUCGGCACGUGAUUUGUGGCUGCGGACAUGACAUUUUUGUGGCACAAUGUCUACUAUUAAAACAAUGAAGGAGAUCUUUGAUAAGUA